AUGGCCCCGCGCUCAGUCUUCGCCAAGGACCUCAAGAUCGGCGUCAUCGGUGACGAAGAUACCGUCGCCGGCUUCCUCCUCGCAGGCGUUGGUGAUCGCGACCGCGACGGGAACACCAACUUCAAAAUCUGCAACGCUAAAACGCCGGUGGCUGAGAUCGAGGAGAUCUUCCACGCGUUGACGGAGAGGCAAGACAUCGGCAUGAUUCUGAUAAACCAGAACGUGGCCGACCGGAUACGGCCGUUGAUGGACACGUACACGGAAGUGAUCCCGUCGAUUUUGGAGAUCCCAAGCAAAGAAUGCCCCUACGACCCCACCAAAGACUCCGUUAUGCAGCGCGUCAAGAUGUUCUUCGGUGGCACACUGCCCGAAAACUAA